AUUGAUGCUAUUGACGUUUCAUUUUGGGGGCGGGUAUCGAAGUUUAAUCAUUUUAUAAUUAAAAUAAUUUAGAGUAAAAUGGUAUCAUUAGAUCCCUUAUAAUAGAUUACACGAAAUUAGAAAAUAGCUGGGUCUCGAUGAUUGCCUUUUGGUUGUUCUAGCCUAAGCUGAAGUCAAGAUGAUUGGAGGCUUAUUCGUCUACAAUCAUAAAGGCGAAGUACUCAUUUCGAGGGUAUAUCGAGAUGAUAUAGGACGGAAUGCAGUGGAUGCGUUCAGGGUGAACGUUAUCCAUGCCAGGCAGCAAGUGCGGUCGCCCGUUACGAACAUCGCCCGCACGUCUUUUUUUCACAUAAAGCGUGCCAACAUCUGGUUGGCAGCGGUAACCAAGCAAAAUGUGAACGCUGCAAUGGUGUUUGAAUUCCUGCUUAAGAUUAUUGAUGUCAUGCAGUCAUACUUCGGGAAGAUCUCUGAAGAGAAUAUUAAGAAUAACUUUGUUCUUAUCUAUGAAUUGCUGGAUGAAAUCUUGGACUUUGGUUAUCCUCAGAACUCUGAUACUGGGGUUCUUAAGACCUUUAUAACACAACAGGGCAUCAAAUCUGCUUCCAAAGAAGAACAGGCGCAGAUUACUUCUCAGGUGACAGGUCAGAUUGGUUGGCGUCGCGAAGGCAUAAAAUACAGACGCAAUGAACUAUUCCUUGAUGUGUUGGAGUAUGUCAACUUACUUAUGUCUCCACAAGGUCAAGUGCUGUCAGCCCAUGUUGCUGGCAAGGUGGUGAUGAAGUCUUACCUCUCCGGUAUGCCAGAGUGCAAGUUUGGCAUCAAUGAUAAAAUUGUUAUGGAAGCCAAAGGAAAGGGUAAUGGUGGUAUAUCUGGCAACACUGACAGUGAGGGUGCUCGCUCUGGCAAGCCAGUGGUGGUGAUUGAUGACUGUCAGUUCCAUCAAUGUGUGAAACUCAGCAAAUUCGAAACGGAACACUCCAUUUCGUUCAUACCACCAGACGGAGAGUUUGAACUUAUGAGAUAUCGUACAACUAAAGAUAUCUCCCUGCCAUUCCGUGUUAUACCACUAGUGCGUGAAGUUGGCCGCACUAAGAUGGAAGUGAAGGUAGUUUUGAAGAGCAACUUCAAGCCAUCAUUGCUCGGACAAAAGAUUGAGGUUAAGAUUCCAACUCCGUUGAAUACGAGCGGAGUACAGUUGAUUUGUCUUAAAGGGAAGGCGAAGUACAAGGCAUCCGAGAAUGCUAUUGUUUGGAAGAUAAAGCGCAUGGCUGGUAUGAAGGAAACCCAGUUGUCCGCUGAAAUUGAACUGCUGGAAACUGAUACUAAGAAGAAAUGGACACGCCCACCCAUCUCUAUGGGCUUUGAGGUUCCCUUCGCACCAUCUGGUUUCAAGGUCCGUUACUUGAAGGUAUUUGAGCCCAAACUGAACUACUCUGACCACGAUGUGAUCAAAUGGGUUCGAUACAUCGGCCGCUCCGGACUCUACGAGACACGAUGCUAGAAUGGCGACUUGGCUUACACUUUUGCCGCUGAAAGUUCUACUGUAACGGAUCAGACGAUAUGGCGUGUUACAUAAAGUUUAAAACAUUUUGUAUAUAAUUUGUCGGUACACUUUCAUUACAUAACGUGACAUUCUUUUAUGUGAAUUUUAAACUAUAUAAUUUUAAUAUAUUUGCUUAAAAAUGUAUGAUGUUUCGUACAUAGCUUAAAUUAUAUAUACAUAAAAAAAAUUAAAUGUUUGUUUUGUGAAUCUCAGAAAGAAAAAAAAAUGAAUUUGAUUGGUUAAUUUUUGCACAAAAAAGUUAUUUGUAGUGUGUUUUAAAAUGUAGUGUUUUUCGAAGAAAUAUUUAACAUCUAAGUAUUUCUGACUUAUUAAGAAUAAUGUACUCUUAUUGAAGCUUUUGCAAUUAUCAGAAAGCUAUUAUUAAGGCUAUGAAAAGGCAAAUUUUGAUGUUCAUAUUCAUAGUACCUAGCUAUAAAAGCUAUAUUUCUCUAAACUUAGGUCUUAACUGAUUUUUCACUAGAAUUAUUGCUUAGAAUAUUAUUUGAAAAUAUAUAAUGUUUUAUUUUUAUCACCAAAUAAUCCUUAAUAAUAUAAUCUCUAAUAAUAUCGAUGUUGUUAAUGUUGGACAUCCCUAAAUUAUAACUGUCUUAUAGAACUUCACUCCAGUGACGCAAACAUAUUGCUAUCUCUUUCAUUCUCUUGUGACAAACAGAGACAACUAUAUAAAACCAAGGUCACUAGUGAAUUUGGUAAUAAUUUUUUUGUAUUUUCACCUUUCAUUAUUAUUAUAAGGUAAUUCAUCUAA